AUGGCGCUCAAAAUCUCUCACUCUUCCCUUAGACUACCAAUAAGGUCCGGAACUAAAAAUAUCAAAUCCUCCAACUUUCCUUCGAAAUGCUCCACCAAUAGAUUAAUUCUACCUGUGCGGAUACGCGGGAAGAGCUGGUUCUCAAAAUGCUUAUUAUUCGGCCAAUAUAAGCGUAAUUCUAUCCGGGCUCGACUUGAAGCUUGUCCAAAAUUGGAAGUUGCAAGAGUUUUAAAUUUCGGAUCUACUUGCUAUAAAUUCGCAAGGCCCUAUGCAAUGCUUCAAGUAAUUGUGUCGUCCAUCUCUUUCAUUGCAAGAAUAUUGGUUGAGAACAAACAAUUGUUUAAAUGGUCUCUACUACUAAAGGCAAUCCCAUGCUUAACUGCUAUGAUUCUUGGGCAUGCUUACUCUAAUGGCCUUAAUCAGAUUUUUGAUGCCGAUAUUGAUAGGGUAAACAAACCUUAUUUACCUAUAUCAGCAGGGGAUCUUUCAAUAAAACAAGCAUGGUUCUUGGUGAUAUUUUAUGCACUUGCUGGCCAGUUGAUUUUGCGAUUGAUGAAUGCUGACUUAAUCAUAACUUGUCUCUAUUGUUCUGCUCUUUUACUGACCACCAUGUAUUCUGCUCCUCCGUUUAGAUUUAAAGAAUCUUCUGUUACAACAAUUAUUAUGAUUCCUUUGGUAUUAUUAUUUUCUUCCAUUUCCUUUGCAUCUGAGAUCACUGGUGGCGGUGAUAAAACGGCGAAGGACGACCUAUCAAUUCUAAUUUUAGGUGAUGAAAGCAUGAACAAAGUUCUUUUCUGUUUCACCUAUCCUUUCAACAACAUGCGAAGUCCCUACUGGACUAGCGCGUGA